AUGGACUCUUUGUAUCGCAAACCUAGGCGUGGAACGGUGGCAUGCACCGUCUGCCGGGCCCGCAAAGUGCGAUGUGACGUUUCCAGGGGAGGUGCUCCAUGUACCAACUGUGCCCUUGAUGCAAGGGACUGCUACGUCAUAUCGAAGCCUUUAGUCCACAGCCAAAAUAACAAGCGAAUUUUGAAGACAUUCAAACCGCGAUCGUCAGUGCCAGAGAAGGAAACAGUUUGUCCGCCACGCAGCCCUAUCACAUCGGGUGAAAAUAGCGACUAUUCUCUCAGCAUAAACAGCCCAGAGACCAAUAUUGACCCGACCCCUCCAACUCUUCAGCAGCUGCUUCUGGAUAGGCCAUCGGAGAGUCUAGAUAGUGAGUCCGAGCAGUCGGACACACUUGACACUUUCUUUUCAACAUAUGGAUUUAUUCGCACGGACUUCAUGUUGAGACUGCCCCAAGAAGAUAUUCGAUAUCUUGAAACUCAAAAAUGUCUUCGGCUUCCCGGCAAGCCAAUUUUUGAUGAGUUCAUGCGCAACUACUUUUUCCACGUCCAUCCACUUUUGCCACUGCUCAAUGAAUCAAAAAUCUGGGAGAUGUGUAAAGCACAGCAGCCUUCCACGCCCCAUGCACCGGUCAGCAGCCUAUCGCUAUUUACACUACAGGCAAUUUUAUUUGCAACUUGUAGCUUUGUCACUCCCAAGAGUCUUCGCAUGGUUGGCUUCAAGAGUGUCCAGCAUGCCCAUGAGAGGCUUUACCGACACUGCCAAACCCGAUUUCAACGAGUCAAGGUUGUCUUCUUCUGUCUAUCGGAUCCUUCAAUAACACAGGAAUAUGUCCGCAGACACUCUGGCUUAGCACAGCAGUUCAGCAUGCGCGCUGGGCCGGAGCUCAUGACUAUACUAACCAGAAGUAUCUAG